CUAGAGAGCAAUUUCAUAUUUCAAAAUGCUUCUCUUUUUAAUCCCAUUUCUAUUGUCGGCUGCCCUAGUUGCCCCGGCUCCUCCCAAGGAAGUCGGAAAGCACUACUUCAAGCUGGGCAAAGAGGGAGACUACCAGUACGGAUACAACGACGGUCACACCGUCAAGGAAGAAACCCGCUACGCCGACGGAUCCGUUCGGGGGUCAUACCGCUACGUGGACGGCAACAGCAUAACGCAGAAUGUGGUCUACCGGGCCGACAAGAAUGGCUACGUUGCUUCCACUACCAGCGAGCGAUUGGGAGAAGUAAAAGAAACGGUUCCGAAAAUGGGUAUACGCGUGGCUGAACCAUUGGCCGUUCCACCACCUCCGGUGGUAACGACAGCUGCACCAAUAACAGCUGCCCCAACAGAAACAUCAACCGUCGUCGUGUCGGAUAUUGACAUUCGUGUUGGAACCGAGCAGCCGGACAAACCUGAAACAACUUGCGGUGGUCCCAACGUUGGUUUGCCUGUUGGAUUCCCGGUAGUUCCUGCACUUCCCAAGGACGGGCAGCUACGAUCCGGGGAGCAGCCGCAAGUCAUGUACAUAUCGUUCAUGAUUCCGUACGUGAUGCACCCACAACAAGAAGCUUCUGCGAAAGCGUAGACGAAAGUCGAAGCGGAAUCACUAGGCAAUUUAAUUUCCAAAAACACGUAGGAGGUUCAAAGCUAUUCAAAGUCACAUUACAUAAGAUGAUUAAGUCAAAUGUUCGUAUAAAAUGUAGAGUGUUUUUAUUGAAGAAUAAAAUAAAAAGGUGUAAUCUGGUCAAUCUGA